AUGGAGAAUUGUAGUAGCAACGGUAGCUUGUUCGUGUCCACGGUAGGCAUAGGCGUAGGAUUGGGUGUCGGCCUUGGCCUGGCGUCGACACAACUCAUGGCAUCUUCGCCAAGAGGGGACGGGACCUUGGGUGGCAGUGCAACAGCUGCAGAUAUCGAAUCAAAGCUUCGAUGCCUCCUUGUCGACGAGCAAGAGACCAAAAUUUCCUUUUCCGACUUCCCAUAUUAUCUCAGGAUUUUGUCCGCCCUGUUUCUUAGUGAGGAAAUGAGGCUGGUGCUCAUGAGCGCAACAUUCCCAUACCUGAGUCAAACUAUUCUGCCAAAGCACAUCAAAGUAUUCAAGGACUCAAGCCGCACCAUACUACUUUGCGAGAUGUGCCUACGAUCACUUGCCAAGGCCCUUGCCAACCAAUUCAAUGCACAUCUGUUAGCACUAGAUAUCUUCGAGUUCUUGCAUCAGAUCCAACACAAAUAUGGUGGCUCAAGCAAUGCACAGGUUGAAGUUGGUUCUUGUUUCACCUUCUUAUUGAUUUACAUAGAUAAUACCUUUAGUUUGUAUGGAUCAGUGGAUCAUGUAAAGGGUAAUCAUGAUUUAAACACAAGAACAAAGACUCAGAAUCCAGUGAUGAUGAUGAUGAUGGUGGUGGUGGUGGUGGUAGUGGUGUAUACUAUUGAUAGCAAGGAACAAUUUGCAUGCAUGAGUUACUUAUGGUUCCUUUUUCUAAUGAAGGUUUUAGUGCUCCAGGAGCUUGGAUGUGAAAAUUCUCUUACAGUGCCUUUACAAGGGGGUUUGUCAUCAUACAAUUUGGAGUGUGAUGAUUUGAGUUCUAUCUCCCUAGAUGAUUAUGUAGAAAUUGCAAGUUACCUAGAGGAUAUUUUAGCCCCAGCAGUCUCAUACCAUUUGAUGAAUAACCAGGACCCUAAGUACAGAAACGGAAGGCUUAUUCUAUCUUCAACGAGUUUAUGUUAUGGAUUAAGAAUUUUUCAAGAAAGUAACCUUGAAAAAGAUUUAGUUGAAACAAAAGACGACUCAAAGGUCACUAAAUACAUCGAAUAUGAAAAGCGGAUAAGAGAAUUAGUGAUCCCUGCUAGUGAAAUAGGAGUGACAUUUGAUGACAUUGGAGCACUAGCUGAUAUCAAAGAAUCAAUUUGGGAGCUUGUCAUGCUUCCACUUCAACGGCCCGAUCUCUUCAAUGGUGGUCUAUUAAAACCAUGUAGGGGAAUUCUAUUGUUUGGACCACCUGGAACGGGUAAAACUAUGCUUGCUAAAGCUAUAGCCAAUGAAGCUGGUGCUAGCUUCAUGAACAUCUCAAUGUCUACCAUCAUGUCCAAAUGGUGUGGAGAGGCUAAGAAGAGCAUCCAAGCGUUGUUCAGUUUAGCUACCAAAAUUGCACCAGCCAUCAUUUUCAUGGACGAGGUAGACGGCAUGCUAGGGACACGCGAACGUUCAAAUGAAAAUGAGGUAUCAAGGAGGAUCAAGAAUGAAUUCAUGAUGCAUUGGGAUGGAGUAUUGUCCAAACCAAGUGAAAAGAUUCUAGUCCUCGCCGCGACAAACCGACCUUUUGACCUUGAUGAUGCAAUCAUCAGGCGGUUUGAGCACAGGAUAAUGAUUGGUCUCCCUACUCUUGAGAGUAGAGAGCUAAUUUUGAAUAAGUUGUUGUCCAAGGAAAACAUUGAAGGUAUCGACUUCAAGGAACUUGGCAAAAUGACUGAGGGAUACAGCGGUAGUGAUCUAAAGAAUCUUUGUGUGGUGGCCGCUUAUCGUCCUGUUCGAGAGCUACUUCAGAAAGAAAAACAAAUGAAGAAGGACAAGAAGGAAAAGGAAGUGAAAGGGAAGAAUGUGCGUGUUGAGAACCCACAAAAUGAAGAAAGCAAGAAGGAAUAG